CAGUCUCAAUGCAGUACAACACUCGUGGCACAUACGACUGACAAGCUCGUUUAAAUAAUAAAAAAACACCAGCAUGUACUCAACUAAAAGCGAGGGACCGCGCAGAGGAAGAUCUUUUGACUCCAUGAACCUUGGUCUGACUUUGGAAGAGAAGCAACUUAACAAUGAGAUGAACAAAUCUGCUUUUCCAAAGAUCGAGGAGAAUAAAGACAACAAAACGGCUUCUACUGAGAGGGGUCGGGCUGCUGUUGUGUUCUCUCUGAAAAAUGAAGUCGGUGGGCUCGUCAAGGCACUAAAACUUUUCCAGGAAAACCACGUCAACCUUGUGCACAUUGAGUCCAGAAAAUCCAAAAGGCGCAACUCUGAGUUUGAGAUCUUCGUAGACUGCGAUAGUAACCGCGAGCAGCUGCACGAGAUCAUUCAGUUGCUGAGGAAACACGUGAACGUGCUCGAGAUGGACGCUCAUGACAACCGCCUGCCAGAAGAAAGCGAGAUGGAGAAUGUGCCGUGGUUCCCGAAGAAGAUUUCAGAUCUGGAUAAAUGUGCGAAUCGAGUGCUGAUGUACGGAUCAGACCUGGACGCGGAUCACCCGGGAUUCAAGGACAAUGUAUAUCGCAAAAGGAGAAAGUACUUUGCAGACUUGGCGAUGAGCUACAAAUAUGGAGAUCCCAUUCCCCGUAUUGAGUUCACUCAGGAGGAGGUGAAAACAUGGGGAGUUGUGUUCAGGGAGCUGAAUAAACUCUACCCCUCACACGCCUGCCGUGAGUACCUGAAGAACCUGCCCUUGCUCAUCACACACUGUGACUUCCGUGAGGACAACAUCCCACAGCUGGAGGACGUCUCGCGCUUCCUCAAAGAGCGUACUGGCUUCACCAUCAGGCCUGUGGCUGGGUAUCUCUCCCCACGAGACUUCCUGGCAGGUCUCGCCUUCCGCGUGUUUCACUGCACUCAAUAUGUCCGACACAGCUCAGACCCCCUCUACACACCCGAGCCAGACACAUGCCACGAGCUGCUUGGACACGUUCCUCUAUUGGCCGAGCCCAGCUUUGCUCAAUUCAGUCAGGAGAUUGGUCUCGCGUCACUGGGUGCAUCGGAUGACUCCAUACAGAAACUUGCUACUUGUUAUUUCUUCACUGUGGAGUUUGGCCUCUGUAAACAGGAAGGGAAACUAAGAGCGUAUGGGGCCGGUUUGCUGUCCUCCAUCAGCGAGCUAAAGCAUGCACUGUCAGGAAAUGCCAGGAUCUUGCCCUUUGACCCCAACGUGACAAGCAAACAGGAGUGUAUCAUCACCACCUUUCAGGAUGUCUACUUUGUUUCGGACACCUUUGAGGAAGCAAAAGUCAAAAUGAGAGAGUUUGCAAAGACCAUCAAGCGGCCAUUCUCGGUACGCUACAACCCGUACACGCAGAGCGUAGACGUUCUGAAGGACACGGCCAGCAUCAACAACGUGGUGGAGGAACUAAGACACGAGUUGGACAUCAUUGGAGAUGCACUAAGCAGGCUAAACAAACAGCUAGGAGUCUGAAAAACUACAUUUCCAAGCAAAUCAUCCAUUACUUCAUGCUCACUUGUUUUGUAUACUCUCCAAAUAAUGUAUGGCAUGAAUUUGUCAUGCUGUAUAUGUCUCUACCAAACGAAGUCAAAUCCUCAUGUGUCUAUUUAUAUUAUUAGUUUGACUCUUGUUUGAUUAAAUAUUUGGCUCAACAAAAGCUGAAGCUCAAUGCUUCCAAUUGGACUUCUUGUGUUAUAAGUGAGAUUUCUACUUGAUAUUUAUGCAAGGCGACCACGAUGGUUAUGGUUGUGCAAAGUUGAUGUCGGCUGAUUUCAAUUUGGCACCUAAUGUGUAUUUAUGAAGAGAUAUUGUCUGAUAAAUAUUUUAGUAUACUGAUUUACUUUAUGUUUCAUUUGUGCACAAUAUAUAGUUGUUUUUUAUCAUUGU